GAUUUCAGAAAUACGAACUGACUACGUUUUUAAAUAUAUUUAAUUGAAAUUUCAAUUUGAAAGUGGCGAAUCAAUAGCGCAUGCGUCAAAUUCAAAUAAAACAUAAACAGAAUUAACGUUUGAAUUUAUUGAGAACAUGGCAGAAGGUGUAGAAAAGUUGGUGGACAAUAUGUCACGUCGAUUAAUAGCAUUCACGGAAUCCCUUGAAGAUUUUGAUAUAGUUGCUGAUCAGUUAAAUAAUUUCAAUAACAUUUUUAAGAAUCGGAAUCUAAUUGAAGAAGAUCAACACACAAAGGAGAUUUUACUUCAGUCCAUGAAAAAUAAGAAGUCCUUGGCAAUUGAACAGAAACAACUAGAACAAUUACAACACACUAUGACAAAACUAUUACAAGAGAAUAAACUAAAAAAUGCGAAGUUGGAAAAAUUGGAGGCUAAGAUAGUGACUAAGGAUAAAACAAAAAUAAUUGAAAGACAAAGACUAGAAAUCAAAUUAUGUAAACUUCUUAGUAAAACGACUUUUGCCUAUACUGAGGAAUACCUUGGAUAUGUUACAGGUCAAACAAAAACAAAGUGUUUCUAUUUAAAGAAAGAUAAAAAAAGUCCAGAACAAAUUACAAAUAUUUUAUGUGGUCAUUUGGAAGAGGUGUUGAAAAAGGAUGAGUUGAUGUAAAUAGAUUAAUAAAAACAAUUAUUUUAUGUAACUUUGAAUUUAUAUGAGUGUACUACACUUAAACUUGUUGCCAAAGCAAAUGCUGCAAAAAAUAAUGAAAUUAGCACUACAGCUAAAAGUACUCCUUGAAAGAAGAUUAUGUACAUAACAUAUAAUAUACCUAAAAAUAAUACUUUUUAUUACUUUCA